GUUUAGGUUCCGCGCUGUGGACAGAUUUAUAGUGAGUGGAAAUUUGCAUAAAAUAUAACUAAAAAUAUACCUUUAAAAUAGAUAUAAAACAUACAUAGAUGCACACGAAUGCAUUUUACUGGCUAUAUCACAUGUCUUCUUGCUUCGGUGGGAAUCAUUUUUCAAAAACAGCGGCUUCUUGAGGCCCCAGGACAAAUUCCCGGAAUUCCGGAGGCGGAGAGUAGUGCUACGAAUCAGAAGUCGGUGGUCAGAGGGCCAAAUUGGCGGGAGAAAGGAUUUUGUGGUCCGCGAUCUCAGGCUGCGAUGGCUCUUCCAGGAGUAGCAUGAGGAUUCUUUCUCUUCUGGAAGCUGACAGGACCAAAAAAGGCAGUGCCAAAGUGGUGACAGAAGAGAUCUUAGGAGAAAGUAUUUUUGCCUUGUACUUGGGAUAGCUGCUGGGCCCACAAUGGCUCCUGUAAAGAUUAGCCACAUCGUAUCAUUUUCCUCUCAGGAUCCCAAGUAUCCUGUGGAGAACUUGCUGACUCCAGACUGUCAGAAGGGACCUUGGCUCAGCUGCCCUCAGGACAAGAGUGGGCAGCUGAAAGUGGAACUCCAGCUGGAGAGGGCAGUGCCCAUUGGCUACAUUGAUGUAGGUAACUGUGGCUGUGCUUUCCUGCAAAUUGAUGUGGGCCGUUCUUCCUGGUCCCUGGACAGACCUUUUGUCACCUUGCUCCCUGCAACCAUGCUUAUGUCCCUGGCUGAUUCAAAGCAGGGGAAAAACCGCUCAGGGGUCCGCAUGUUUAAAGAUGAAGAUUUCCUGGCUGCGGCCUCAGGUGAGCCCUGGGAUCGACUUCGCCUGACCUGCUCCCAACCCUUCACACGUCAGCAGUCUUUUGGUCUGGCCUUCCUCCGGGUGUGUUCCUCCCUGGACUCCUCAGAUGACCCUGUGGGGGAUCUCUCUGCUCCCGGGAGCACUAGGCUAAGCCAGGGUUCUGAUGCUCAGGAGUCUGGUCCAAGCCCCUGGCUGGCUAAUCCUUCCAUUCGGAGGACGUUCUUCCCAGAUCCCCAAACGAGCACCAAGGAAAUUUCAGAGCUUAGGAAUAUCCUAAAGCAGCUGCAGCCAGGGGCUUUGGGACGUUCAGCCUGCAUGGUACUUUCAGCUGCCCGCAGGGUGCCCCCCGUGAGUAUGGCAAGCACAAAAAACAUCCAGGCAGAACCAGGUCCCAGUCAUCCAGCCAGCACAGAGCUCAGACCAGAAGAGCAAAACUCAGAGAAUAAUGUGGGCAGGACGAAGAGACGGAAAGUGCAAGCUCACAGGCCUUUAUCCAGUUCGAACUCUCGGCCAAACCGGAGGGGGAUAGCAAAGGCAGGGCAGAGAGAACACCAGCGACCCCAGGCCCAAAGCAGUGGGGUCCAGGAUAGUGCGCUGUGCCCCAUCUGCUCAGGCUCCUUCAGCAUCAAGGUUCUUCCCUGGCAUGCUGCGACUUGUGGAGAGACCUCCCCACCUCACCCAGCCUCUCCCUCCUCAUCACCAUCUUCAUCACAGUCUGUACUGCGUCAGAGCAAAGGGGGUUGGAGACUGGGGAUCCCACCCUCUCCAUCCUUUAUCCAGCCACAGCCCAACUGGACGGAGAUUGUGAACAAAAAGCUAAAGUUCCCACCUCCGCUCCUGACUGCCAUCCAGGAGGGCCGCCUGGGCCUAGUGCAGCACCUGCUGGAGUCAGGGGUGGAGGCUUCAGGCAGUGGGCCAGGCGGGCCCCUGAGGAACGUGGAGGAGGCCGAGGACCGCUCCUGGAGGGAAGCUCUCAAUCUGGCCAUCCGGCUGGGCCACGAGGCCAUCACCGAUGUGCUGUUGGCCAAUGUCAAGUUUGACUUCCGGCAGAUCCAUGAGGCACUGCUAGUGGCAGUGGACACAAACCAGCCAGCAGCGGUGCGUCGUCUGCUGGCCCGGCUGGAACGGGAGAAGGGCCGCAAAGUGGACACUAGGUCUUUCUCACUGGCUUUCUUUGACUCCUCAAUUGAUGGCUCACGCUUUGCCCCUGGUGUCACUCCACUCACCCUGGCCUGCCAGAAGGAUCUGUAUGAGAUCGCACAGUUGCUCAUGGACCAGGGCCACACCAUUGCCCGGCCCCACCCGGUCUCCUGUGCCUGCCUCGAGUGCAGCAAUGCCCGCCGCUACGACCUGCUGAAGUUCUCCCUGUCCCGCAUCAACACCUACCGCGGCAUUGCCAGCAGGGCCCACCUCUCGCUGGCCAGUGAGGAUGCCAUGCUGGCUGCCUUCCAGCUCAGCCGGGAGCUCAGGCGCCUUGCACGCAAGGAACCUGAGUUUAAGCCUGAGUACAUUGCCCUGGAGUCACUGAGCCAGGACUAUGGCUUUGAAUUGCUGGGCAUGUGCCGGAACCAGAGUGAGGUCACCGCAGUACUCAAUGACCUGGGCCAAGACAACGAGACUGAACCCGAGGCUGAGGGCCUGGGCCAGGCCUUUGAGGAAGGCAUCCCCAACCUGGCGAGGCUGAGACUGGCCGUCAACUACAACCAGAAGCGGUUUGUAGCACACCCCAUCUGCCAGCAAGUCCUGUCUUCCAUCUGGUGUGGGAACCUGGCUGGCUGGCGUGGAAGCACCACCAUCUGGAAGCUCUUUGUCGCCUUCCUCAUCUUCCUCACCAUGCCCUUCCUCUGCCUCGGCUACUGGCUGGCACCCAAGUCCCGGCUGGGCCGUCUGCUGAAGAUCCCAGUGCUGAAGUUCUUGCUGCACUCCGCCUCCUAUCUGUGGUUCCUCAUCUUCCUGCUGGGUGAGUCCCUGGCCAUGGAGACACAGCUGAGCACCUUCCGCGGCCGCAGCCAGAGCGUCUGGGAGACUUCCCUACACAUGGUUUGGGUCACAGGCUUUCUGUGGUUUGAGUGCAAGGAAGUGUGGAUUGAGGGCCUGCGCAGUUACCUCCUGGACUGGUGGAACUUCUUGGAUGUGGUCAUCCUGUCCCUGUACCUGGCGGCCUUUGCGCUGCGCCUCCUUCUGGCCGGGCUUGCCCACGUGCACUGCCGGGAUGCCCCCAACGGGGCUGCCUGCCACUAUUUCACCACGGCUGAGCGAAGUGAGUGGCGCACUGAGGACCCCCAGUUCCUGGCAGAGGUGUUGUUUGCCAUCACCAGCAUGCUCAGUUUCACCCGCCUGGCCUACAUCCUGCCAGCCCAUGAGUCCCUGGGCACUCUGCAGAUUUCUAUUGGCAGGAUGAUUGACGACAUGAUCCGGUUUAUGUUCAUCCUCAUGAUCAUCCUGACUGCCUUCCUCUGUGGCCUCAACAACAUCUACGUGCCCUACCAGGAGACAGAGCGUCUGGGCAAUUUCAACGAGACAUUCCAGUUUCUGUUCUGGACCAUGUUUGGCAUGGAGGAGCACAGCGUUGUAGACAUGCCUCAGUUUCUGGUGCCUGAAUUCGUGGGCCGGGCCCUCUACGGCAUCUUUACCAUCGUCAUGGUCAUUGUGCUGCUCAACAUGCUCAUUGCCAUGAUUACCAACUCCUUCCAGAAGAUUGAGGACGACGCCGAUGUGGAGUGGAAGUUUGCUCGCUCCAAGCUCUACCUGUCCUACUUCCGGGAAGGCCUGACGCUGCCUGUGCCCUUCAACAUCCUGCCCUCCCCCAAGGCCCUCUUCUACCUUCUCAGGAGAAUAUUCCGCUUCAUCUGCUGUUGCUGUUCCUGCUGUAAAACCAAGAAGCCAGACUACCCGCCAAUCCCCACUUUUGCCAAUCCUGGGGCAGGGGCAGGGCCUGGGGAGGGAGAACGUGGAUCCUAUCGCCUCCGAGUCAUCAAGGCCCUGGUACAGCGCUACAUAGAGACAGCCCGGCGGGAGUUUGAGGAGACCCGUCGGAAAGACCUGGGCAACAGACUGACAGAGCUGACCAAGACUGUGUCUCGACUGCAAAGUGAGGUGGCUGGUGUGCGGCGGACUCUGGAAGAGGGAGGGACACCCCGACCACCCGGAGGUGCCAGCGUCCUCAGUCGCUACAUCACCCGACUGCGCAACAGCUUCCAGAAUCUGGGCCCCCCCAUCCCUGAAACCCCAGAGCUGACAGUGCCAGGGCUUGUGGGGACCCAGGUAUCUUCGGAAACUGGGCUUCAGGAUGCUGGAGGGGCUAGGACUCCAGCUUCUGGAGAGUCUGGCCCUUCCUCCCCAGCUCACGUGUUAGUGCACAGGGAGCAAGAAUCAGAGGCAGCUGGGGACCUGCCCCAGGAGGAAGAUUUGGGAAUCUAAGGGGGGUCCUGAUGCAGUGGGAGGGUCCCUUCUUCUGUUACUAGGUAGAGAAGCCUAGAUAAGUGAGGGUAGGGGUCACUUAGUAGAAGCCUGUGCUGCUUUACUUGCCUCAAUAAAGUUUCUGUUCUGGA